UUGCGCGUCUCUUUAUCGCAAGGGUAUAAUUGCACGUGGAGUUAUGAUACAUGCUAACCAGCAAUUAAAAUAUCUCCAAUAAAACAAUCAUACACCUCAGACUUCAGCAAUCCUAAUUGUUUAAUUGAGUCCAUACUGGUUUAACUCCUUUGAAACGCCCAGUCAAUCAGUCAAUCAUGUCGUCCAGAGAUUCCUCUCCCGCGUCAGGAUCGUCGGGCUCUUCACCGGAUCCUGAUAGUCGCCACAGUCCGUUAGUUAUUCGAGACAAACGCAAAAUGUCUGAGAGCGCUUCCAAAAGGAAGCGAGCCUUAACUAAUGGCGCAGAGCAUGCUAGUUCGCGGCGGCGCACACGAGAGCCGGAUGGCGAGGGGGUGAUAGAAGAAGAAGAUUUUGAUCCAGACCAAUCUUUAGAAGAAAGACGCAAUCUUCAACGGGGCUAUCGGGAUCUUCUCCGGGAGCUGCACGAGAAUAAUGACGAGUACAUGAAGGACGAGUCAACAGGCCUACACGAUACUCUACGGAAAGCAAAUUUGCUACUAUCAGGUGUCAAGCAAACUACAGAAGCAGCCAUUGAUUCCAAGCUUUUGGUUAGCACCGCGGAUGCAUCAUACCGCAAAACGGUCCGCCUCACUGCUGGAAGCACCGCCCAAGGCAUUGAUGUGGAUGAGUUUGUCUCAAAAUGUAUCACUUACAUGAGACUAGGGUCCGGGAUCGCGGAAGACGAUGCGCCAGAACUAACUGCCACACAACAACACCGGAGAAGGCCUGGCCGGGUAUCCCUAGGAGAUGAUGGGGAAGAUGAUGAUAACAUCGGCGAUGAGGGUGAUAUGUUCAACUGGGAGCAUCUUGGUCGGUUCGCUUGCCUUCCAAACAUCAAACGCCCGGCAACACCAGGUUUCCUCCUUGGCCCCCUUUCUGCCGAGGUGAAGAAAAGAAAAGUCAUCAAGCGUAGUGCUCCAUUCAGACCGAACAAUCUACAGGAAACGCGGCCUGAAGUUCUGGAUGCAGAGGCUGUGCAAAGGUCAGAAAAGAACGAUCUUACAGCUAUCUGCUCCAAGAUCCUUCAGAGGCUGAAGCAGGUGCAGGAAACGGCCCAAGAUGCCGUAGAGGAGGCCGUCAACAACGGUGCAAGUGACGAGGAUGCGCAGAGACUGAUGGACCGCUAUGGUCUAAGAGAUACGGGCGGUAUAGAUCUCUUGAGAUUCGUGGUAAACCCACGGUCCUUCGGACAAACUGUGGAAAAUAUGUUCUAUGUCAGCUUUCUGAUUCGAGACGGCCGUAUUAAAAUCGACUUUGACGAGAACAAGUUGCCAACACUAGACCCAGUCGAUCGCGAAGAUGAAACGGCUGCCUCCAAACAUCGAGCUCAGAAACAACAAGCUGUGUUCUCCAUUGAUAUGAAGACGUGGCGUGAUAUCGUUGACGCGUUCAACAUUACCGAGCCUAUCAUAGAACACCGCAAAGAGCAAAGCCUCCAAGGGCCUGGAUCUCGGGGUUGGUAUAACUAGCGCCAACUUCGCUCUCAAUCACCUUUCUGUCGCAAGAUACGCAUGUACGGGCCUUUCAAUAUGGGCUCUGGUUACUGAUUCUAAUGCCGAAUCAAAGUGUACAUGAGACAGAUUCUAGUUAAUGUGUAGGGCCAUAGGAAGAUACCCCCAAAACAGGUAGAGACCCCAAUUGUAAUAAAAGGAAGCUUGUACACUUGAUCAAUGGUAAACAGGUACCUUAUGGCUGGACAACAGGCAUUAACCGUUCCUGAGUUGCCUUAGGUUCCCUUAGGUAGGUAGUUAGGUACCUACCUACCUACCACAUGUAGGUACCUAUAGGCACAACGUAAAUGACAUGCCUAAGGUUCCCACCUUCUCGAGUAUUAGCAACC